AUGGAGACCUGGUUUUGGAUUCUUGGAUUGGUUCUUUCGUUUCUUGCCAUCACUGGAAAUGGAUUUGUGAUCUUCCUCGUCUGCAGCAGACGAAAUCUCCACACCAAAACCAACUCGUUUAUUGUUUCACUUGCAGUAGCGGAUUUCUGUGUUGGUUUGAGCAUUAUUCCUUCUUUGUUUGUAUGCGACGUUACAAAAACCUGUGACUGGCCUAAGGCUUUUCCUUCAUGGAAAGAUGUCGUAAGGUGGCUGUUUAGCUACUUGUCUGUUUUAAAUUUGUGUUCUCUGGUGCUCGACCGUUAUAUCGCCAUCGUAAAGCCUUUUAAAUACAUAACUUUCAUGACUCGAUCUCGUGUUAUUCAAGUGAUAACUUCCUGUUGGAUAGCGUCAUUUACGCUGGUUGCGCUCAAGACCGCACUUCGGCUUUGCUGUGAGACCCCUCUGACCAGUAUCGUUGGAGUUGUGGUUUUAAUGAUUUCCAUGGAAAUCUUUCCAUGCGUUCUGCAGAUACUCUGUUUUGUGUCAAUGUUAAUUCACGUAUGGAAACAAGAUCGGUCAGCACGCACCCUAGGACGGAUAUCUUUUAAAACCCGUAACGAGAAGUCUGCAGUAAUAAUGAUGGGUAUUGUGAUAGGAGUGUUUGUUGUGUGCUACGGAAUAUAUUUACGUUGUAGUCUCGUAGUACUAUCCGACACAAAUGCAUCAUGUAAAGAUGAACAAUACAAAGUUCCUGUAUUGGUUUUAAACUCGGCCAUUAACCCACUGUCUUAUGCUUUUUUCAAAAGAGACAUAAAGAAAGAGUUUAAAAGGCUUAUCAGUCAGCUGGUUUAAUUUAGGCGGUAAAGUAACCGUGUAGAGCCUUCCACUUGAUCAUUUUUGAAGGACAUAGAUCUUAAUAUUAGUUGGCAGAACUGCUUUUGAUAGCAGAUUGUGUCAGGCAUCGCAGGCGGCAGUUUUGGGGCCGGCAAUUCCCUGGCGAUUUGUCUCAAAUCAUAGUUUGGAAACACUGGUGUUUAAGGAGGGUACAAGAACCAAAGGACGAUGAGAAUACAAUCCAAUAGGGACCUUACUAUCCGAAAACAGAGACGCCAAUGAAUACGUCGCUGAAAAAUAGACUUCGCGUCCAAUGAAACUUUUUCGCCGUCAUACCAAGUCGCCCAGUGAAUUGAAAGUACGUUGACAUGUGUUAGGUUGGAACUGAAUAGCGGAGGCUGUAGUGUAUUAAAACCGGAUGUUUGAGUUAACCGGAAGUUUAUGUAUUGGACAUCCCACAAUACCAUGCGUGCUCGGUUACGAGUAUUAGAAGACCAGAGAAGCGUGUUGAACUUAUGUUCGAGUUUUGUUGUAAUCUUAUAACAUCGUGAUUAUAAAGCAUUAAAAUACAGAAUUUAACAGAGGCCGCGUCCGAUUUCAGAGAGAAGUAGUAAAUAAAUUUAUCGCCUUGUUGUUCAAGUUCUUAAGCCCGUCAACUAAAAAAAAAAAAAUGACUAUUCCACGUUGUAGUUGUGUAGGGACAACGAAGAAAUGUAAAGAAAAGCGUGAUGCACGUGCCGCCAGAGCUGUCGUUUUGCUCACUCAAGCCUAUUCUAUUUUAGGCGUUCUUCUUGCCGUCGCCGGCGUAGUUUCGGAAGGUCCCGUACGUAUGUCAGAUGCUCUUGAAACGGCGAUUCCGAGGUAUGGACGAAAUUUCUAAUUGAAACUUUUUGUUUCAAACCAAAUUAAAGUAUUUCUUUUUCCUUACUUCAUUUUCCACAUUAAUUAUUGUAGUCAACUCUUUUAAGUAGUUUCCUAGAAUUUAAACAAGCAUGAAGUAUUAAACGUUUUUGUUUUUGUACUGGAAAAGAAUUGUAUUAUUUUUUCUUUUCCCUGAAAACUGAUAGUUUUAACUAUCAUUCCUCAGUCCAUGCCAGGUGUGAAUGAAAUAUUAAAAACUUUAGAGGACGAUCUGUAUGAUCCAUACAGGCAACAUGGAUAAUUUUUUUCAGAUUCCCAUUGAUCCCUAUGGGGUGGCGAAAAGCCAUCUUUUUCUUCAAACAAGUUUUAACGUAGUUUUGCCUUAAGUUUAGAGAACGUCUGUAGACGAUUUUGUAAUAGUUUGUAAUAUCCGUCUUGAUUUGAGGUACGUAGUAGCUGUUCUAAUUUGCAUUUAGAAGGAUCCUCAAUUACUUUCCUGUCAUGUUCAGGGCGUCUCCGUACCAAUGAAAAUAAAGCUAAAUAAGCUGGCUGAAAACAGGUAUUGCAAAAACGAAACAUAAAUUCAAAUAAACUAUUGCAAAGCGAUUUAUUUCUGCGUCCCACAUGAUGAAAAAGUGACGCUAAAGUUUUUGCCGUCUGAAUAACACCCUCCGAGUUCUGCUUAAUUCUUCAUAUCCCACGAAAUCCGAAUUCAUUAAUUGCUUUAUUAUUCAUUCAAAAUAAUUCCUAGUUUAAAAACAUAGCUAAAACAUGCUUACCUGCAUCGAUGUUAAGUUUAUCUUCGAUUGUGUGCGUUCAGGUUUGU